UGCGCGCGGGGCUCGGUUCGCUUCGGGGAGCCUCGGGUGCGCUCGGCAGGCUGCGGUAAAUCCGGGCUUACGGCCGCUGUUAGACUCCGAGGCCCGGUGGUCCCUGCUGUGCGCCCCGAGCCCUAGGAACCAUGCAGAUGUCCUACGCCAUCCGAUGCGCCUUCUACCAGCUGCUGCUGGCCGCGCUUAUGCUCGUGGCAAUGCUUCAGCUGCUCUACUUGUCGCUGCUGUCCGGACUGCAUGGGCAGGAGGAGCAGGAGCAAUAUUUCGAGUUCUUCCCCCCGUCCCCGCGAUCCGUGGACCAAGUCAAGGCGCAGCUCCGCACCGCGCUGGCCUCCGGAGGCGUCCUGGACUCCAGUGGCGAUUACCGUGUCUAUCGGGGCCUCCUGAAGACCACUAUGGACCCCAACGAUGUGAUCCUGGCCACGCAUGCCAGCGUGGACAACCUGCUGCACCUAUCGGGCCUGCUGGAGCGCUGGGAGGGCCCGCUGUCCGUAUCAGUGUUUGCAGCCACCAAGGAACAGGCGCAGCUGGCCACGGUGCUGGCCUACGCGCUGAGCAGCCACUGCCCCGACAUGCGCGCUCGGGUCGCGAUGCACCUUGUGUGCCCCUCGCGUUAUGAGGCCGCUGUGCCCGACCCAAGGGAGCCAGGAGAGUUUGCCCUGCUGCGCUCCUGCCAAGAGGUCUUUGACAAGCUAGCCAGGGUGACCCGCCCCGGGAUCAAUUAUGCCCUGGGCACCAACGUCUCUUACCCCAACAACCUUUUGAGGAAUCUGGCUCGAGAGGGAGCCAACUAUGCCCUGGUGAUCGACAUGGACAUGGUGCCCAGCGAGGGGCUGUGGAGAGGCCUGCGGGAAAUGUUGGAUCAGAGCAACCAGUGGGGGGGAACAGCCCUAGUGGUGCCAGCUUUCGAGAUCCGCCGAGCCCGCCGAAUGCCCAUGAAUAAGGCAGAGCUGCUGCAGCUCUACCAAGUGGGGGAAGUGCGGCCCUUCUAUUACGGGCUCUGCACACCCUGCCAUGCACCUACCAACUACUCCCGCUGGGUCAACCUGCCAGAAGAAAGCUUGCUGAGGCCUUCCUACAUUGUGCCUUGGCAGGACCCCUGGGAGCCUUUCUAUGUGGCUGGAGGCAAGGUGCCUGCCUUUGAUGAGCGCUUUCGGCAAUAUGGCUUCAAUCGCAUCAGCCAGGCCUGUGAACUGCACGUGGCUGGGUUUGACUUUGAGGUGCUGAAUGAAGGUUUCCUGAUUCAUAAGGGCUUCAAAGAUGCCUUGAAGUUCCAUCCCCAAAAGGAGGCUGAAAAUCAACACAAUAAGAUCCUUUACCGCCAGUUCAAACAGGAGUUGAAGGCCAAGUAUCCCAACUCUCCCCGACGCUGCUAAUUCCUUCCCUUCCCUAGUCUGAGAAGUCUCAGCCUCUGGCUCCUCAGGCCACACCUCAGGCCUGACUGGGGUAAGAAAUGUCACUCCACUUUACAGAGGUAGAUGUGGAGUUGGAACACUGGACUUGAAUAUGGGGUGCUGGGAGCAAAUCCUAGCUUUACCACUAACUAGCUGUGUGGCCUUGAGCAAAUCCCAUUACCUCUCUGAGCCUCAGUUACCCUGUCUGUAAAAAGGGAGGUGAGAAUGCCUACCUCACAGAACUUUUGGGAGGCUCAGAUGAGAUGCUGUAUGUAAAAACAUUCUGUAAGCUUCGUACAAAUGUGAAGUAUUAAUAUUAUUACAGUAUUAUUGUUAUUAUUGUUGUUAUUAACAAUCUUGGGUGAAUGGGUAGUAAGAGCAAAACGUAUGAAUGAGACAGAGCUGAGAAGUCUGAGUACUUAAUGAAAUGGGCCUUUUGGAAAGGAAUCAAGAUGAAAGCACAGAGUUUAAUUCUUAACUCUUGGACUGAAACAUAAACUUAGUGGUUCUUCCAGGCCUCUGCCCACAGGCGCUCUGGAGGAGGGAAAGGUCUGCAGGCUCUAUAAGGGACAAUCUGAGAUCUGUACCCUCCGUUGGGCUGGGCUGGUUAUUUGCCUUCGAAUUACAAUGUGUAAAUAAACGAGUGUUCACAUCCA